AUGAGAGCCAUCGAAAUAUCAGCAAUUCUUAUGAUCCCUGUACUCUUACUUGGCAUGUUCGGAAACAUACACUUGCUCUGCGCUACGUACAGAAGCAAGCAGUUGCGAAAUCGCAGCGGAUUAUUGCUUGCACUAAUUGCUUUUUUUGAUUUGGCAAGUUUCUCUGAAAUACAUGAAACAAAGAACGCGAUCGAAAUACUUUCGGGUAAAUCGCUGAAGCCGCGCAACACAUGCUUUCACUCGAUUAUCCUGUAUACAAUUUCAUAUAACAUGGCUUGCACCGCGAUUCUUUUUCUGGCAAUCGAUCGGCUCAUUGCCGUUUGGUCACCAAUAAGGUAUAUGAAUUGA